GUCAACAACUGUUGAGGACAAUAUCUUACCGUUGGGCCGGCGACCCCGACACUGCGCAGCGCAGAGCAACGCGACGACAAGAUGGAAGCGUGCAUGAAACGGUGCUGUUUGAUAAGGCCCCCGUGACUGGGCCGCAGCGUCAUUACCAGCAACAUGGGCGAGCCGGUGCCGACGGUGAGCCAUGAACAGGAGGCCUUGCUUCGCCAGAUUGCGCAAACUGGCUGUGCCAACGAAGCCUGGGACACCAUCAAGGUGGCAAUCAAGGCCUGCUGUCUGCGCUACGUGGACGCUGUUCUUGGCCAUGCGCGUGCUGCCCCGCCCCAUGUCAUUCAUAUUCCACCCAAGCCCACCCGUCCGGAAGCCACGGAAGGGCCAGCCCAUGAUACCUUUGUCGCGCGCCUCGCCAAGCACGACGUGCGCAGUAAGAUUGCGCCGCGCACCGCGCGCCGGCUCGCAGCGCAGCACAGAGCUGAUUUUAGCCACACGAGCGCUUCGUCUUUGCUUGCUGGCGCAUUUGUCCUGCUCGACCAUUUUGAACGCUUGCCCUUUACGUGCCAGCGGCUGACUGAAAUCAUUCUCAAUGCCGCACCCACGCUGCAUAAUCCCGAGGCUGCGGUGCGCCACAUCGAGCAGCUGUUGCGCGUUGACACGUGCUUGAAUCGGGAUCAUCUGCCUCAACGGGCCGAGUUUGAGGCACGGCCCACCAAUCGCUCGAGCUCGCAACAGGUGAACGAAGGUGAACCGUAUCCGAGCAGCAUGCUCCCCGACCAUGGAGAAGCGGAUAACGUGGACAAUGAAAUCAAUGCCGGGGGUGUGCGGAUUAUGGCCGCACAAGUCUUGACCUCUGAUCUGGACUCGUUGGCGCGUAUGGACACGGAUCUGGAUUUUGACGCUGAAAACAACGAGGGCAAUGGUCAUGCCUCGGCUGGCGGGGAUGCUGGUGAAGGCCUUGACCAGUCGGGCAGUGACAGCAGCCACGAUAGCGUCGACUCCAACCCUACCGGCCACGAUAGCCAGGACAGCCAUGAUAGUCAAGAGGGUCCGUCUGAGCUUGCAGGUCUCAACCACCACACGCACAACGAGGACUCGGAGCGCGGGCCGGACCUCGAUUCGCAAGAAAAUUCCAACGGUUCUUCCACUGAUGGGGACAACACGUUUGCCGGCAGUUCGGCCUUGGAUGCGGCCAUGGCCAUCCCACCAGGGCUGCUGGGCGAUAGCGAAACAACCAAUCAAGGCCCGCCCGAGAAGCAGGCCAAACUCCUCUUGGGCUGA